UCCAUCGACCUUGCCAGGCAAGAUUCCUAGUUUUUUAGUAAAAUCGUGAAAGAAUGUGAAGCUAUACUGUAUGGCUGGGUGUAGAUGGAGAGUACUAUCCCUGUUCUUCUGGUGUUGUUGGCUGUAACCACGUAUGUUGUCAGUCAAAGACKGGAUUUUGAUCAUGAAAAUGGCGGACGGUUGUCAUUCCUGGCCGUUGGCGAUGCUGGCGGCAUCGCUUGGUAUCCUUAUUACACUAAAACCUUGAAGAAAGUGGCCAAACAAAUGGGCAAGACUGCACAAGAAAAGAACGCUAAGUUUGUACUUGGUCUUGGUGACAACUUUUACUGGACUGGUGUCCAAAGCGUUCAUGACAACCGGUUUAAAUCAACUUUUGAAAACAUCUUCAGGGAUCCGUCGUURCACAGAACAAACUGGUAUAUGCUAGCUGGUAACCAUGACUACCUGGGAAACGUUUCAGCUCAGAUUGAAUAUACUAGAUACUCCAAGAGAUGGAAAUUYCCCGACUUCUAUUAUUCAAAAGUUCAUAAGAUACCAGGAAGCUGUAAAACUGUGCAAGUGGUAACCAUAGAUACGACGUUGCUGUGUUACAGAGGAGGAGGAAGGUUCCCUGGAAAGAGGGAGCARUACAAAUGGAUACGAGAAACUCUCAGGAGAUCCAGAGCAGACUAUUUAUUGGUGGCUGGCCAUCAUCCUGUGUAUUCAGUAGGAAUGCAUGGAUCAAAUCAUUGCUUACUGCAGAGACUCAAUCCUCUUCUUCAAAGAUAUCGCGUAUCAGCGUAUUUAAGUGGACAUGACCAUAAUAUGCAGCACAUCAAACCUCUCCUCUCAAGGGUUAAUUACUUUGUAACCGGAAGCUCCUCAAAUCAUAAUGCGAUGCAGAACAAUAAAAGUACACUUCCGUACGGCUCGCUAAAGUUUUUUGACGGAAUACAUGGUGGAUUCACACUCCUCCAAGCAACACCAACACACCUAGAGAUAUCAUUUAUAAGCGAUCUGGGAAAAACUCUUCAUCGUACCACCAUCGCGCCAAGGUUUCAUGGAAGAUGUUUAAAAAAGAGCAACAUUCCAAGCUAUGAUUACGUCGAGGAUGUCAUUGAUGACCCGGUCGAUUCGAUUUUAGACACCUUUUUUGGACUUCAAGAAGAACAGGAGMGAAUGAAACGAGCCCAGUCACGACAAACUGUCAAUGUUGGGUACCCUGUGUAGAAUCAAACUGGUUCUCUCACUCGACUCUAAACCAUACCGUGUUUAUUGCUGUCUAACAAUAUUACUUACUGGUGGUAAUGAAAGACAGGAAUCUAUCAACAAAUKCACAUGGAAUGUCAUCAUGGAUUUGAGCUCAGUAAAGCGUAGUGUAUACUGUAGUAAUAUUUUUGUACAAAACGGGACUUUUUCACUCAGAAAAUAAAAUAUAAWUUUUUGGCAAAGUUUGUUUC